AUGGUGAAUGGGUGUUUUAAGUCGGGUAAGGUUGAUCAAGCGGGGAUAUGGCUGACUGAUGCCUCGGAAGAACGUGAUUUCAUGAUCUGUGGGUUAGAGCAGAAUGAGAGAAUGGGAGAAGCUCUUGUUUUGUUCAAGAAGUUGUGCAAAUGUUUCAAGAACAUUCACUUGUGUAAUCACUGCUUGUGCAAAUGCUCCAGCGUUUCCUAUGGAAGAACAGAGGAUUCUCCGAAGGUGUGGACUGCUCUAUUGUCAGGAUUGAUUUUCCAUGUGGAUGAUUAG